CGGCACUAGUUCCGGUGUGCGUCAGAAGAGCCUGCGGUGCAAGUCCGGAAGUCAGGCGCGUGGGCUUUCCGCUCUCGUGGGCCGGAAGGGUGACUGCUAGGUUCGUGGCUCCGGCGCCUCUUGCUUCGUCUGGCGAUGGCGACGUACACCUGCAUCAGCUGCCGGGUGGCGUUCCGCGACGCGGAGAUGCAGCGGGCCCACUACAAGACGGACUGGCACCGCUACAACCUGCGGCGGAAGGUGGCGGGCAUGGCCCCGGUCACCGCCGAAGGCUUCCAGGAGCGAGUGCACGCGCAGCGGGCCGUGGCGGAGCAGGAGAGCAGGGCCACGGCCACCUACUGCACCGUCUGCAGCAAGAAGUUUGCCUCUUUCAACGCCUACGAGAAUCACCUCAGGUCCCGGCGGCACGUGGAGCUGGAGAAGAAGGCCGUGCAGGCGGUGAAUCGCAGAGUGGAGAUGAUGAACGAGAAGAACCUGGAGAAGGGCCUGGGCGCGGACAGUGUCAACAAGGACGCCAUGAACGCGGCCAUCCAGCAGGCCAUCAAGGCCCAGCCGUCCAUGUCCCCCAAGAAGGCGUCCUCUGGGCCCGCAGACGGAUGCGGCGGGGCCGCGGCCGCCGGGGGGCGCGGGGCGCACGACCGAGACCCCGCGGAGAAGCCGCCUCGGCUGCAGUGGUUUGAACAGCAGGCGAAGAAGUUGGCCAAGCAGCAGGGGGAGGAGAGCGAGGAGGAGGAGGAGGAGGAGGAGGAGGAGGACCUGGAUGAAGAAGAUUGGGAAGAUAUUGAUUCUGAGGAAGAAAUGGAGAUGGAAGAUACUGACGUUGUGGAUGACUUGGACAGGCCGGAUGCCCAGGAGGGAGAAGCCCGGGAAAGCCCACCCCGAGGAGCCAUCCCUGUAACGGACUGCUUGUUUUGUUCCCAUCAUUCAAGCUCCCUGGUGAAGAACGUGGCGCACAUGACCAAAGUCCACAGCUUCUUUAUUCCUGAUAUAGAAUAUCUUUUUGACCUUAAAGGACUAAUUAAAUAUUUGGGAGAAAAAGUUGGUGUUGGGAAGAUUUGCUUGUGGUGCAAUGAGAAAGGGAGAUCCUUCUACUCCACGGAAGCCGUGCAGGCCCAUAUGAAUGACAAAAGCCACUGUAAGCUCUUCACAGAUGGUGACGCUGCCUUGGAAUUUGCAGACUUCUAUGAUUUUAGGAGUAGCUACCCAGAUCACAAGGCCGGGGAGGACCCCGACGAGACGGAGGAGGUGCCCUCAGAAAAGAACUUGGAAUACGAUGAGGAGACCAUGGAGCUGAUUCUGCCUUCGGGUGCCAGAGUGGGCCACCGCUCGUUGAUGAGAUACUACAAGCAGCGAUUUGGCUUGUCCAGAGCUGUGGCUGUGGCUAAAAAUCAGAAGGCCGUGGGCAGGGUGCUCCAGCAGUACAGAGCCCUGGGCUGGACUGGCAGCACAGGCGCAGCCCUGGCGCGGGAGCGGGACAUGCAGUAUGUGCAAAGGAUGAAGUCCAAAUGGCUGCUCAAGACCGGGAUGAAGAACAACGCCACCAAGCAGAUGCACUUUCGGGCCCAAGUGCGGUUCUGAGUCCAUGGCCAAGCGAGGCAUCUCAGCGUGGCUUCCCCCUGGCUAAGGACCGGUCUCGGGUGGGGACAACCCUUCCGCUGCUGUUGGUUUGUUCCUGAACCUGUAAUAAAAGUUGGAAUCAGAGUGGUUUUCAGACAUGAUUAUUAGAUAGUGUUUUCGGCUGAUGUUGAAACAGUCAGCUGGAGGCGCGGACCAGCGUGUGCUCCGCAGUUGCUUCCUGGCCUUGGCUUCUUCGACUCUGUCUCUCCAAGACUAUAAGGUGGGAAAAUACCAGUAGUUUUUCAGCUUCAAACGAAUUCAGAGUUGCUUGCCACGCCAUGGCACUGGGACCCAUGUGACGGGCUCACGUGGGAGCGAAAUUGGCUGUCACAGCUUGUGGGGUGGUGUCUAGGGUUGUGGUUAGACCGGCACAUAGAGAGCAUCAAGACUCGCUGUGUCGCCUUUCAUCCUCGGGGAAACCCAAGAAGGGCAGCACCAGGCUCUGCCUCAGCUGUGGGCUACAUGUAGGGGAGCGGCUUGUUCAGGGGAUGAAGGUGAACCGUCCAGGAUUGUUCUGGGCACAUCGCCUCGGAGUGAAGUCUCCGCAGCGAAUCACAGUGUGAGUGGCUCAGGGAGGGCACCUGCCCUGGAAGUGGUGCUGCUCAGGACCGUCUCAGCCGGGACCCUGACUAUGACUGCAGGACCCACGCCCAGCCGUCACUGGCGCUGACCUCGUGUGGAAAGCUGCCCCCCCCCAGCAAACAGGUGCCACCAAGGCCCGAGGUCAGGCAGCGCACUGCAUGCCGAGUGUGCAGCGGGCUCCAGGAGGACACUGCCACCCUGAUGCCGCGUGUGACUUGACCUAACUCGGGUGCAUAGCCCAAGUAAUUCUGCUUCUUCAGCACGCAGGUUCUCCCCCAACAGCAGGGGAGCGGCCCUGCGUUACUCCUUCCUUGUGUUUCCCAACAUUCUUCCCACAGAAGUGCCUAGUCUUGGCCCAGCUUUCAGUCCAGAUCCUGGGAAGUGGUGCGGCAAAGCGUGCAUGUGGCAUAUUUUUAAUUUAUACUUACCAAGUGCGCGUGAUACUGGGUUACAACGCUUCACAGCUUCGCUUUUCCUUUAGCACUUCUUCACAGAACAUGCGGCUGUGACUAGCUCAGAGCUUCCUGCUGCUGCCUGGUGGUGUAGAUUGUGUGUCUACCUCGGCCUCCUGCAGCUUCCCUGGGGCUGGUACCUUGCUUGUCUCUCUGACCGCGUCAGCCCAGCACUGACAACCUGUCCUUUAGACACUUGCUCCUAAUUUAUUGCCUUUUUACCCUGGGGGGGGGCGGAGAGGGGGACAGUAGGGACAAUAUGUUUGCCGAUUUAAAAUACCAGUGCUGUCUGCAUUUAUAUUAGCUGCUGCUUCCAAGGUUAGCAGACACCUUUUUCUCCUUUUGGGUUUGUGCAAUGACCUACUUUGUCACCUCUA